AUCGUUUGAUGGCGAUUGUCUCGCCAUCUACUGAUCUUCUAGCACUCCUCACCUUUCUCAUCUGCCUCCUCCGUUGUUGCGACGCGGGAUAUGAUGUCGGGGUCUACAGCCCAAUAAUUUUGAUCCCAUGUAUCAGUUGCCCCAACCUGGAGGCGCGGCUGACCAAUGUCUACGUGUCGUCACUACCUCGCUGCGGUGCGCUCAAGGGGAAGGGGUGGUUCUCGUUCUGGAACAACACAUCUGACCUGGUCCGGCACAACUACGUGUCAUGCUUCGAGGAGCAUAUGCGCCUCGUCUAUGACUCCGCUCUCAAAGACUACCGGAACCUACCUGGUGUCGAGACGCAUGUGCCAGACUUCGGCUCCGCCCAUGGAUUCACCUCAAAGAACCUCGAUUCGAGCCAUAAGGGAUUUUGCAUGACAAGGGUCCUCGAAGAGCUUGAGUUGCUUGGGUAUCGUGAUGGAGAUACCCUUUUCGGAGCUCCCUAUGACCCACAGCAUGCUCCGCCACUGCCAGGCCAGCCAUGUCAAGUGUUCUCGGACUACUUUGCCCGUUUCAAGGUUCUGGUGGAGCACGCAAGCGAGAAGAACCAGGACAAACUGGUCAUCCUCAAGUUCAUUAACUGGACUCCCAUAACAUGGAGUAAGAAACUCAUCAAGCACCUGGUCCUCAUAUUGCCCGCACUUCCAGGAGGCUUUAUGGAGGCGCUCACGAACCUCGCCUCAGGACCGAAACCCCUUGUUGUCCCGACAAUUCCGCGCUUGAGUUUGCGGCCAAUGUGGAGAACCUUCGCGAGUGCCCUUUUAUUCCUCCCAUCUUCCCUGGUUUUUGGUCACAGGCCGCUCGUGAUCACCAAAAACAAGAACUACUCGGCGUAUGACUACAAGGACUUCCUUACGGCAAUCGGUUUGAACACCGAGGUCAUGCAACGAGUGCUUUCGACGAAGCUGAGAGUUGAUGCACCGAUGGUGCUAAUAACAUACCUCAACGGCGUCGGCGUGCAAACGCCGGAGCAGGCAGUAUACUGGGAUGGUAACUUCGAUGUGGCUUCCAAGAAUGUAUAUGGCGAUGGAGACGGGGUUAUGAAUUUGGUUAGCGUUCUUGCUCUCGUGAAUGAUUUGCAUAGACAACAACAUGCUAACAUACACUGUAAGUUCAUCAAGAUUGUUAAUGCUACACACUCUGACAUUGUUGUUCAGGAGCAUUCGCUCAAGAAGAUCAUGUAUGAAAUUCUAGAAGCAAAUCACUGA